GCCGCGGGCGCUGCGCUGCGCCGCCAGCCGCGGCCGAGGAUGCGGCGGAGCCGGGCUCCGCGCCUGGCGCUGGCCGCCGGCCUCGGCUCGCUCCUGCUCGUCCUCUUCUACUUCCAGAGCAGCCUCAGCCCAGUCUCUGAAGAUCUGAGAUCCACCUGGCAAGGCAAGGCUGGUCGCAGCCCACUCCAGGCCCUGUAUGAGAGUGACCAGUUUGAGCAGUCGUCCCUGCAGGCAGUUCACCAGCAGAGACGGGAGAUGUUGAGCAACAUCUGCAGCCGUUACACCCGCAAGCGGCGUCUCCUGCGGCCGGACGACUUGCGGCACUUGGUGGUGGACGACACACAUGGGCUGCUCUACUGCUACGUGCCCAAAGUGGCCUGCACCAACUGGAAGCGGGUGAUGAUGGUCCUGACGGGGCAAGGCAAGUACCGGGACCCUCUGGAGAUCCCCGCGCACGAGGCCCACGUGCCCUCCAACCUGCGCACGCUGUCCGAGUACAGCGUCGCCGAGAUCAACGCCCGCCUGCGCACCUACCUCAAGUUCAUCUUCGUGCGGGAGCCCUUGGAGCGCCUGGUCUCGGCCUACCGCAACAAGUUCACGCUCAGCUACAACACGGCCUUCCACAAGCGCUACGGCACCAAAAUUGUGCGGCGGCACCGGCCGCAGCCCAGUCAGCGCGCCCUGGAGCGCGGCGACGACGUGCGCUUCGAGGAGUUCGUCUACUACCUGCUGGACCCCCGCACACAGCAGGAGGAGCCCUUCAACGAGCACUGGGAGCGCGUGCACUCCCUCUGCCACCCCUGCAUCAUCCACUACGACGUGGUGGGCAAGUACGAGACCUUGGCCGAAGACGCCAAGUACAUCCUGCAGCUGGUAGGGGCCGAUGCCAGCGUCAAGUUCCCGGCUUCAUCCAAGACCACCAGGACGACGGACGACAUGACGGCCCAGUUCUUCCAGGACAUUAGCCCCUUCUACCAAAGGAGACUCUUUAAUUUAUACAAAAUGGACUACUUGCUGUUCAAUUACUCCAUCCCCUCGUACCUCCGCCUCCGGUGAGGCGGGGGCUGCGGGGGAGCAGUGAGGGAGAGCUGGAUAACUCUCACCUUGCCAUGAUACCUCUCCUCCUGCCUUGAGCUCGUCUCUUGGUUGACUUCUUCCCCGUGCCCUUUUGUUAGGGUCUGCUCCACCUCCUGAUGCCUUGUUCGUGCAUGCUCUGGAGGAAGAACACUUCUCAAUACACUGGGGCUGGAGCUUUUCCUUCCCUUUCCCUCCCAGCCUUCAGUAUCUACCGGGAAUGGUGGUGGGACUGGACGCUUCUUGCCUUGGUGGGGACUUUCUUGUAACUAAGAGACUCCUCUGUAGAUCCAAAUCUUGGGAAGGCUCCUUUUUUGGGCAGGAUCCCUUCAGGUCUUUCUCCUCCUUACUGGGCUGUUUGGGGGCAGACAUGGAGUCUCAGGGGUCAGAGGGGAGUGUAUCAGAGACUUGCAUAGAACCAGAAAUAAAGCAAUAAUUUAA